GCCUCCUGUAUAUAUUCCCACUCCCUGACCCUGUGCUUCCUCAGCUUCAGCAGGCCCCUUGAGCGCUGGAGGAUGAGCUGUGUGGGGUGGUGAGUGGGCUUCGCUUAUCUUGACCCUCUCUCUACUGCGCAUGCUUCCAACCGGCCUGAUAUUUAGGGAUUUGGCAGUCUGCUGGGACAGUCCGAAACAUUUUGAGGUAAAGCUUGUUGGCCACUGCAGUUCGUGGCAUAGUACUUAACACAUACAUUUGCUAUGUGCCAGGCAGUGUUGUAAGAGCCUUACAAAUAUUUACUUAUUCACUCUUUAUAACAGCCCCUUUUACAUAUGGGGAAACUGAGACACAAAGAGAAGAAACUUACCCUGGGUCACAUGGCUAGUAAGUAGUAGAAGUGGGAUUUGAACCCAAGUAGUCUGUGCUCUGAACCACCACACUAGGAUAGGGGAUGGGUUGAAGGUCUGGGGCUGGGAGAGUUUUGUCUUCGGCUGCAGUUGAGGUCUGCUGUGAAUUCAUGUUUAGAGAUUUUUCUGAGGGUCUGACCUGUGCUUGGAUUAUUGUUUCUUAACUAUCUUUCCUUAAUUUAACACUUACCUUCAGACCUGCUUAAAGAAUCUUUUUCUUUCCUCAGGUGGUGUUUGGAAGGUAGACCAUGUGCCUGGAUAGAAGUUUCUCCUUUCUCCGCAGCUCUACACCUGCAGCGAUGCUCACCACAUUCUUGUUUUGAGAACCUCACUAAGUUAGCCCAGCAACAGAACGGCACUUGGAAGCUACUGGACCAGAUAAUUUCUGAGGUCCCUUUCAGCUCUAACAUUCUAUCCUCCCUGGAAUAGAAAGUCAUCCUGAAAGAGGGUAGUGGCUGCCAGUCCUGGAGUUGUUCUUUACCCCCAAGGCCUUUGCCAGCAUCCAGCCAUGGGGGACAUGAAAACUCCAGAUUUUGAUGACCUUCUGGCUGCCUUUGACAUCCCAGACCCCACCAGCCUUGAUGCCAAGGAGGCCAUCCAGACACCCAGCGAGGAGAAUGAGAGUCCUCUCAAACCUUCAGGCAUGUGUAUGGAUGAGAGUGUGUCCUUGUCUCACUCAGGAUCAGCCCCAGAUGUUCCGGCCGUGAGUGUCAUUGUCAAGAACACCAGCCGCCAGGAGUCGUUUGAAGCGGAGAAAGACCACAUCACUCCCAGCCUCCUACACAAUGGAUUCCGGGGCCCGGACCUGCCUCCAGAUCCACACAACCUGGGACACAACUGUGGGAAGUUUGAUUCCACUUUCAUGAAUGGAGACAGUGCUCGGAGUUUCUCUGGCAAACUGGAGCCGCCCAAGUCAGAGCCAUUACCAACCUUUAACCAGUUCAGUCCAAUCUCCAGCCCCGAACCUGAGGAUGCCAUCAAAGACAACGGGCUUGGGAUGAAGCCCAAGCAUUCUGACAGUUACUUCCCACCCCCUCCUGGCUGCGGGCCUGUGAGUGGCCCAGUCUUGGAAGCUCUGGGUAAGUUUCCAGUCCCGGAGCUGCAUAUGUUUGAUCACUUUUGUAAGAAAGAACCGAAGCCAGAACCUCUGCCCUUGGGGGGCCAGCAGGAGCAUGAGCGAAGUGGGCAGAAGGCAGUGGAAUCUCACAAGGAGCUGGAUGCCAGUCGAUUCUUUGGGGAAGCUUUGGAAUUCAACAGUCACCCCAGCAACAGUAUCGGAGAGCCCAAGGGGCUUGCUCCAGAGCUCGGUACCUGCUCGUCAGUCCCCCCUCGGCAGCGUCUUAAGCCAGCUCACUCCAAACUGUCCUCUUGUGUUGCUGCCCUGGUGGCCCUGCAGGCCAAAAGAGUGGCCAGUGUCACCAAGGAGGAUCAGUCUGGUCACACAAAGGAUCCCUCAGGGCCCACUAAAGAGGGUUCUAAAGGCAGUCCCAAAAUGCCCAAGUCACCAAAGAGUCCCCGGAGCCCUCUGGAGGCCACUAGGAAAGGUAUCAAGCCAUCGGACAGCCCUCGCAGCAUUUGCAGUGACAGCAGCAGCAAAGGCUCCCCUUCUGUGGCUGCCAGCUCCCCACCAGCAAUUCCCAAAGUCAGAAUCAAAACCAUUAAGACAUCAUCAGGGGAAAUCAAACGGACUGUCACAAGGAUCCUGCCGGAUCCUGACGAUCCAAGUAAGUCCCCUGUUGGGUCACCUCUAGGGAGUGCCAGUGCCGAGGCCCCAAAUGAGGUGCCGGGGGAUGAGGACGCUGCCCCGCCUGCAGAGGAGCACUUUUCUGAGCUGGACACAAAUUCAGGGAGCCCCCAGGGUGACAGGAAAGGGGAUGAAAGCAUGAGCAAGGCCAGUGAGUCUUCGUCUCCCUGCUGCAGCUCUGGGCCCCGGGCCUCAAAGGGGGCUGCCCUGGGCCCACAGAUUGGCAAGAAGCAGCAGCAGAGCUCAGCACUGCAGACCUCCAGUCUGGCCCCUGCCAACCUCCUGCCCAAAGCCGUCCACCUGGCCAACCUGAACCUGGUCCCACACAGUGUUGCUGCAUCAGUGACGGCCAAGUCCUCAGCACAGAGGCGGAGUCAGCCACAACUCACGCAGAUGUCAGUGCCCCUUGUCCACCAGGUGAAGAAGGCUGCCCCGCUGAUUGUGGAGGUCUUCAACAAGGUCCUCCACAGCGCCAACCCUGUGCCCCUCUAUGCACCAAACCUCAGCCCCCCUGCGGACAGCAGGAUCCAUGUGCCGGCCAGUGGGUACUGCUGCCUGGAGUGUGGAGAUGCAUUUGCCUUAGAGAAGAGCCUGAGCCAGCACUACGGCCGGCGGAGCGUCCACAUUGAGGUGCUGUGCACAUUGUGCUCCAAGACGCUGCUCUUCUUCAACAAGUGCAGCCUGCUCCGGCACGCCCGCGACCACAAGAGCAAGGGGCUCGUCAUGCAGUGCUCCCAGCUGCUUGUGAAGCCCAUCUCUGUGGACCAAAUGUUUGUGUCGGCCCCCUUGAACUCCACAGCACCAGCAACCCCGGCCCCCUCGGCCUCCCCCAAGCCUAGCCUCACUUCAGGCAGUGCCAGUCCUCCUCCUCCAGCCUUGCCACUCUACCCAGAUCCUGAGAGGCUCAUCCGGUACGGACUCAAGUGUUUUGAAUGUCACAAGCAGAUGCGGGACUACAUUGCCCUCGCUGCACAUUUCCAGAGGACGACAGAGGAAACCGAGGGGCUGACUUGCCAGGUGUGCCAGAUGCUGUUGCCCAACCAGUGCAGUUUCUGUGCCCACCAGCGGAUCCAUGCACACAAGUCCCCCUACUGCUGCCCGGAGUGCGGGGCCCUUUGUCGCUCCGCCUAUUUCCAGACCCACGUAAAGGAGAAUUGCCUGCACUAUGCCCGCAAGGUGGGCUACAGGUGCAUCCACUGCGGUGUUGUCCACCUGACUUUGGCCUUGCUGAAAAGUCACAUCCAGGAGCGGCACUGUCAGGUUUUCCGCAAAUGUGCAUUCUGCCCCAUGGCCUUCAAGACUGCCAGCAGCACUGCAGACCACUGCGCCUCACAGCAUCCCACCCAACCCCACAGACCCUCCCAGCUCAUCUAUAAGUGUUCCUGUGAAAUGGUCUUCAACAAGAAGAGGCACAUUCAGCAGCAUUUUUACCAGAAUGCCAGCAAGGCGCAGGUGGGCGUCUUCAAGUGCCCUGAGUGCCCACUCUUGUUCCCGCAGAAGCCGGAGCUGAUGCAACAUGUCAAGAGCACCCAUGGUGUUCCCCGAAACGUGGAUGAGCUGUCAAGCCUCCAGUCUUCAGUGGACACGUCCUCCAGCCGCCCUGGCUCUCGAGUUUCCACUGAGUCUCCAGCGACUACUGUGGCUACUCGUGGCAGCUCCUUGCCCUCCAGUCGCUGGGGCAGGCCUGAAGCCCACCGCAGGGCGGAAGCCAGGCCCCGGUUGAGGAACGCUGGCUGGACCUGCCAGGAGUGCCAGGAGUGGGUUCCUGAUCGGGAGAGCUAUGUGUCCCAUGUGAAAAAGAGCCACGGUCGGACGUUGAAGCGGUACCCAUGUCGCCAGUGUGAACAGUCCUUCCAUACCCCCAAUAGCCUGCGCAAACACAUCCGCAACAACCACGACACAGUCAAGAAGGUCUACACUUGUGGGUAUUGUACGGAGGACAGCCCCAGCUUUCCUCGACCUUCUCUUCUGGAGAGCCACAUCAGCCUUAUGCAUGGUAUCAGAAACCCUGAUUUGAGCCAGACGUCCAAAGUCAGACCUCCAGGUGGACCUUCCCCUCAGGUGAACCAUCUGAAAAGACCCAUCAGCGGAGCAUGGGACGCUCCAGGCACCACCAAUGACGUGACUGUCUCUUCCUCCAAAAGACACAAGUCCCUUUUUCAGUGUGCAAAAUGUAGCUUUGCAACAGACUCAGGGCUUGAGUUCAAGAGCCACAUACCUCAGCACCAGGUGGACAGCUCCACAGCCCAGUGUCUCCUCUGUGGCUUGUGCUACACCUCUGCCAGCUCCCUCAGCCGCCACCUCUUCAUUGUCCACAAGAUGAGAGAUCAGGAGGAGGAAGACGAAGAGGAGGCGGCGGAGCCGGCAGAGCCCGAGGGGGGCUCCGGGGAAGAGGUGCCUGUGGAGACCAGGGAGAAUGGACUGGAAGAACGUGCUGGCGGGCCUUUGUUGGCCAACCCAGAGGCAAGGAGAUCACUGGGCCCGGCCUCUGAGGAGGAUGGUGCCCAAGAUGCUCAGAGUCAACCGCGGGCCUCUCAGGACCAGGACAGCCACGUACCAUCCCCUUAGGUGUGACCAGAGGCUUUGCAGUACGUGAGGUCGGGGUGGUGCCCUGGUGUCCUCUGCCUGCCAUCUGACAGUGGGAAAUAAAAGGCUCUGCCCUGGUAUGAGUGUGGCCAGCUGUGCCCUGGAGCAGUGUCUGCCCUGUGCUGCAGGGUGCUGAGUGUCCUCCAGCUCUGGGAAAUGGGGCUCGCCCAGGGCCCUAACAGUUCUGAAUUUGCUUCUGUUAUUUAUGGCUUUGUGCUGCUUCUUGGUACCCCAGCUCUUUGUCUGUGUCCUCCCAACCCCAGGCUGCUCACGUGGCCCAGCACCAAUGCUGUCAACUUGGCUCGAAAACCCUCAGCUGCUGUGCUCUUCUGGGCGGUUCCCUGCUUGCUGCCCUCAUCCAGGGGGCUCCUCGGAGCUCUCUGUGCCUGCAAACACCAGCUCUCCUUCCUGCCGUCCGAGCCCGAGAAGGGGAGUGAGGGGUGCUGACACAAGUCCCUCUUGGAGAGCCCCUGGCCUGCAAGGGCCCUUGGUCACUUUGUCCCUCCUUCCCAUCUUCUCUGAUUCUUUUCCCCCACAAUUGUCCUGGAGAAUGAAUUGUCACACUGGCUCAACAUGUCUCUGUGGGUGGGUGAAACUUGGCAGCGCACCUCUGUUUGGAACCCGGGUGGAGCAGGAGGUGCAGCAAAGGCAGGCGGGCACCGCAAGCCAGACCCCCCCCUUCAGAAGGAGCUGGGGGUUCUUGUUCUGCUGCUGUUCUGCCUUCCUUGACAAGUGGGGUUCGGGGCACACAGACAUUGGAAUAUUUGUACUCUUGCUCUUGUGCCAUUAGAGAGGCUGCUGCCCCAGGCAGGCAAGCCCCUCCUCCUCUCAGCUACACUCGUGUUGCUCAGACUAUAUUUCAAAUAAAAAAAUCUUCUUACCAUGCAGGUAGGCUCUUGUAUUCCUCUUCGGGUGAGCCUGGCCCCACCCUGCUCCACCUAAGGGUCUCUCCCAGACUUCCUCCUUUGUCCCAUCUCUGAGGGAGAGCAAUGCUUCCUACCGUCCUACCGUCCAAGGAAGGUCCUCUCUAGACUCUGGAGCUUACAGGUAGGAAAGCAGGAGCCCUGUACUUCUGGUUCUCUGGAAACCUGAAGAGAGGAGGGGAGGGUCUCAGUGCUGUCAGGAGUCACCUGUAAGGUCUCCCCUGGGCUGUGGCAUCAGCUCUAGGGCCCAUCUGAGCUCCUUCAUCUUUCUUACAAAUGGAUUUUCAACCGAAGAGAACCCUUCGCUGGUGAGGAGGAAGAAAGGGGUGAAGGGGAGGGAUUCUGUAAUGUUGCUACGUUAAAGAGGCCUUGGGACUGACUGCCUACUGCCACAGGGAACUCAGGUGUGGCAGAAUUGGGUCUCGGCUUGGCAGGCCAGGAUGUCUUUUUGCUGAUAGAGGAGUGUGGGUCAUUGUCCUUGUUGGGGCCUGCAUGAGCACAUGGAAGAGGCUUGCGUGGAGGUGUCCUAUGACCCAGGCUGCCACGCCCUGGCAUGGAUGGGCCAUGGGGCUGGGCUGGAUAGGGUCUAGUGCAGCAGAGGGGAGUGGGUGGUGGCUGGGCCCUUAGAGGUGAUCUUUCAAGGGAGGCAUUGAAUAUCAAUUAUAAGUUAUUAAGUCAGAUAAAUAUGCCUGACCUUUCCACAAUUGAAAAAAUUACAUUUUCUUCCUCUUUCAAAUGCCAGAUUUUCAGUGAAAUGCUAAUGGCAGUGGGAAAGGUUAGUGCUUGCCUCAGUUUCAGAGAGGCUAUGGCUGUGUGCCAUUUCAGUGAUUGCUGUACCUGACAAGGCCACCAUGUCCCUCCUUCCGGAGCUUGUAGUGAGGUCAGACUGGGCUUUAUUUCGGCUGCCUGCCAAGCCAGAACUAGCCCCAGGAAGGAAGCUGGGCAAGCAUAUACCCUGACCUGACUUAGCUUUGGUCCCUUCUGAAUGCAGUUGUGAGGAGCCCACCCUGUACCCUGGGUCCAUUCGUAAGAGCAGGUUUAGAGGAGCCUAAUACAGCCUUGGAAAUGGAUGGCUGAAUCCCUCACUGCUCGGACACUGGCAGCUGAAGCAUAGGGAGAUGGCAAACUCUCAGGUUUGACCACCCAGAUACAGUAGUCCUUGCUGGGAAGAGCACGGGGGAGAAAGAAUGCCAAGCCACUCACCUGGAAACCUGGGUCAUGGCCUGGGGUCUUCUCUUAACCAGCCCUUGACAAACCUCCUGACCUCAGUGACCCCCUUCUAAAUAGAGCUAGUGAUUCCCUCCAACUCACUUCGUGGGCUUUUGUGAGAUAGUGAAUGUGGAAGCAUUUUCUAGUUUUUACAACACUAUGUACAUGUGAGUGAUUCUUGACCUUAGGGCUUGGAUGGUGGAGUGUCCCUUGUCUGCAUCAGACUCGGAUGCUGAUUAUAUGUUACGAUUCGGUCUGUGACACCUUCCUAUUAUUUAUGAACAGUGGGGACAGUAACACUUUGGAGCAUUUCAUAUGUACCCCACACUUUGCUAAAUACUUUUCAGUGAUUCAUUUAAUUCUCACAGUGAUCUCAGUUAUCACUCAGAGGGUUAAAUAACUUGCUGGGCUGCCUGCAAAUAAACGGUGCUGAGACUUGAAAUCAAGCCUGUCUGUUCCCAGAGCCUGUGAUCUUGGCCACAGCCUGCCUGGCCUGCCUUAACAAGGAGCCUGCUCUGGCUGGCUGCCAGCUCGUCAGCAAUCUGCAGCCAUCCAGACGUUGGUUUUCUUACUUCCCAUGUGGUUGGGAUGCCCUACUGAGUGCCAGGUUCUCUUUGGAGUGGGUCUGUGCCUAGUCACCCCAAGGAGGGCAUGCAUACCACGUUUGCUUGUGAUAUUCUGAAGCACAUAUGGUAUCUCUUCAUCCUUCAUUCUCUUUGGGGUUUACCUUGCCGUUUGAAGGCCAUUAUUUUUUGAUGACCAUCCCAGGAAAGGUUGUCCAACCCUCAAAGGGAAUACAUGGUUCCCUCAGGAUCCAAUACCUUAUGAUCUUUUCUUUCUACAUAUAUGUUCUAACGCUUGUGCUAUUAUUUGUUAUUAGAAAAUGCUGUCUGUAGCAAGCACUUAUCUGCACCUUCCGAUGCAGUGAAUGCUCUACCGAUCAAGUUAAACAGAUGAGAUCCCCACCCUGGGAGAAACUACAAUUUAAGGCUUGACAAAUGACUAGUAUUUAUUUCCCAACUACGUUAUCUCUGUAAAAUGAUACCCUGAAUUACUGUGAGGUAAUUGAUAUAGAAAGAACCUUUCCCUUAAUUUAUGUAACAGUCUGGUUUUUAAAGACUUAGCAGUUGCAGCCCAGUUAAUAAGUUCAACACUUUGCCUCUCCCAAGACUGAGGAAACUCUGCCCUGUUCAGCACCAGCCAGUUCCUUUUAAUUUUUUGUUUUUUGAAAAAUUAAUACAUGUACAUGGUAAAAUAUUGAAACAGUACAAAAAACAAUGAAAAGUAAGCCUCCUGAUGGAGGUCAGCCUCUGGUCCCCCAGCUCCCUCCUCCUGAGUUAAUACUGUCAUCUCUAUCUUGUGUAUCCUCUCAGAGCAAUUCUAUGCAUUUACACGUUUAUAAAUAUGUAUAUUUAUAUAUCUACUUUUAAUACAAAUGGUAGCAUUCUAUACACAGUGUUCUGAAGCUUGCUUUUUUCACUUUGGAAAUUGUUCCAAAUUCGUACACUGGGUCAGCCUAAUUCUUCAAAUGCUUCUAGCACGGUUCUCACACAAUAGGGGUUCAGAAAGUAUCUGAAUGAGUGAGUGAAUGCAUGCCUGAAUGAAUGAAUCGGAUUCUAUUGGUAGCUACAAAGUUCUCUCUGGGUCCAAGAUAAAAGUCUGAUCUGAUCAAGACAGGACCAUCUAGAUUCUAGAACAUGUUCCCCCUGUCUUUUCCAAGGGUUUGGGCUGCUGUUCACCUUCUCCACCAACAGAUGCCACAGCAGCCUC